GACUUAUUUAAAGGGAUCUAUGAUGAAAAAAAAAAAGUGAACACUAGUCAAGCCCCCUCUUUUUACCUGUGGGGAAGAGAUGGUAUUUGGCCAAGGUCUUUCUCAGCAGGGGGUGGCAGCGUGGAACGGAGAGACUGGCCAUAAGAUCUGACAAGGUGGCCAGGAAGAAGCAUCGCUGAUUUGACAACAGACUUAAGUGGCUUUGGAGUAUAAGGAGAGCUUCACCUGGCUGGGUUUCCAGCAAGAGGAUGGCUGAGAUCACCUGAACUGUUGCUCCCCAACUGUAGAUCCUAGAAGUGACUGUGCAGAGGGUCGGAGACGGCCCACCUAACCUAACCUAGCUUUGGGCGGUCCCCGGAUGCGCUGCCCCUUUAAGCACGGCCCCAGGAGCGGCCGUCGGGGGCAGCAUUGAGCUGGGGCCCGGCCGGCGCGGUUGCCUCGAAGCGUCUGCUGGAGCCGGGCGACCGCAGCGGGGCCGGGGCCGGGGCCGGGGCCGGGCCGGUCGUGCGGGGCCGCGCUGCCCCCCUGGGCCGUCAUAGCAGCCAGAGGGCGCCCGGGCGGGGGGCGCCAAGGUGCUGCUAACCAGCAGGAAUGGAGCUCCCUUCAAACAGUCCACCAGCAUCAGACAGCCAGAGCCGCUACAGUACUACUGUCCCAGGGCUAGACUCUCCCGAGGCCGUCUGAGACGGAGCCGGUGGCGUGGGCGCCUCUUUUAAGAUGACCCGAACGGACCCACCGGAUCUCCUGGUGUCUACUGUAUACCAGGACAUCAAGGUGGCCGCCCCGGGCCCCGCAGCCAGUGGCCCGCCAUGUGAAAGCCCAAUGUCCCGGCCCGCGGCUCCCGCGCCUUUCAACAAGCGCCACUGCCGCAGCUUUGAUUUCCUAGAGGCGCUGGACGGGCCGGUCAUGGAACCCCGAGGUCCCGAACGGCACCCGCAAGAGCAGCCUCCCAUGGCGCAGCGGUGCGGGCCACCUGGCCCGGAACCUGCUCGGCCCCGCCACCGCGGAAAGGAUGGGGAGCCCAAGCGCCGGGCCCGCUCCAAAAGUGCUCCCAGGACCAAGACCAACCUGGUGCCAGCGGCCGCGCCCGCCUCACCCCCAGUCGCUCGAAGGGGCCGUGAAGUGCUGAGAGCUCCGCCCCGGGAGCCGCCCUCUCCGAGGCGAGAGCCCACCUACCCUGCCAUGCGUGCGCUAGCCAACGAACUUCACCCCAUCAAGUUACAGCCGCAGCGCAGUAGUGCAAACCGCAUUUCACCCCUCUGCCCUGCCAGCCGCUGCGUCCCGCCACAAGAGGAAGCCGCACGGGCUCCAGCCCCGGCCCCCCACGUACGCUGCCGCGUAGAUAUCAAGCCCGAUGAGGCAGUGCUGCAACACGCCGCCCGUGGAUCCCGCUCUGUCCCUCCAGCGGAGAGCCAGGCCUGGGCACGAGUCCCUUUGCCUCCCCGGGGGCUCACGGUGCCUGGGCCUCGCCAUGUGGUGCUGUCGCGCACGCCCACGCCCAGUGAUUCCUACAGCGGGGAACCACGGGCGUUGUUCUGUGAUGGUCCCUUCCCUGGGCCGCCUUCCCGAGACUAUCCAGAACGGGGCUGCCCUCCUUUCGCUGCUCCGCCUGGCCCUACUAAAUUCUUCUACACGGAGGAGCCCAGCGGCUACCCAACUCUCCCCGCCCAAACCUUCGACGGCUACGGCCCCCGCCCCUAUCCCGGGCACGGCUUCCAGCAGUACUACUCCGAGGAACCCCAGGGGCCCAGUCCCCCACGGGGAUACUACAUGGAGGAAGCCCGAACCUACCCUAUUCAGGAGCCGCCCACUCGUUCCUACUACGGGGAAGCCCCGCGCUGCUACGGUCCCCGCUUUGGAGAUGAUCCCCGUUACAUAGAGGAUUCUCGAGCUUUUUCCUCGCGCCUUUUCUACACUGAAGACUAUACCAAGUACCGCGAACGAAAUGCCAUGUCCAGGACUUACCCGUACCCCCGUGGGGGAAGCCAGUCCUGGGGAGACUGGCAACCCCUCCCCUAUCGCACCCUACAAGUUGCCCCACUACCGCCGCCCGGCCCCGGGGCACUGCUAUCCUCUUGGCACGGAGGCACCGGCACCAGCCCACCUCGGCUGGCCACAGACAGCCGCCACUAUUCUCGCUCGUGGGACAACAUCCUGGCGCCUGGCCCACGCCGGGAGGACCCUCUGUUCCGGGGCCGCAGCUACGAAAACCUGCUGGGCCGGGAGCCAAGGGAGUCCCGGGGUCUCUCUCCCGACGGCCGACGGCCUCCAGUUGUGGUCAAUUUGUCCAGCUCUCCCAAGCGUUACGCGGCUUUGUCGCUAUCGGAGACGUCCCUGCAGGAAAAGGGCCGGACAGGAGAAGGACCGAGCCGCGCCUGGUACGUCACCCCAGAGAUCACCAUCACCGACAACGAUCUGCGCGCCGCAGAGCGUAGGGUCGGGGGCUGGGAACAUCUCGGAGGCCGCCCUCCUCCACCGGUCCCUCGCCCCCCGGCUCGUGACGGCCCCGCCUCAGCUCGGCAGCGGAGCCUGGAGCAGUUGGACGAACUUAUUACGGACCUCGUCAUUGACUCCAAGCCCCCUACAGGCCCCACGCCCGCGGACAGUGACAGUCUGGGCCGCCAGCUGCGCCAGCUCCUGAGCGAAGGACAGACCCGGGGGCCUCCCGAGCCGGAUCUGGGGCCCGAACCCGAGGCCGAGCCAGAGCCCGGGUCGCCUACCAGCCCCGACGUCCCUCGGCCGGACGAAACGGCCGGCGGCUCCCCGGAGCUCAGUGCCGACGAGGACGACCUUAUGACGUGCUCCAACGCGAAAUGCCGCCGCACCGAAACGAUGUUCAACGCCUGCCUCUACUUCAAGUCGUGCCACAGCUGUUACACCUACUACUGCUCGCGCCACUGCCGCCGGGAGGACUGGGACGUGCACAAGGCCAGCUGCGUCUACGGCCGAGUGGGCAGCGUGUGCCGCCACGUGCUGCAGUUUUGCCGCGAGAGCCCGCCCGUGCACCGCGCCUUCUCACGCAUAGCGCGCGUGGGCUUCCUGUCGCGAGGCCGCGGGGUCCUCUUCCUGGGCUUUCCUAGCCCGGGUUCGGCAGAGAACUUCUUGCAGUUUGGCCUAGAGAGCCUACUGAUGUCGCCCACCUAUUUGUCCCUGCGCGAACUGGGCGGCUACGCGGAUCCGCUGGGCGGCUACGGACAAGAGCUGCAAGCGGCUGGGCGCCAGUACGAGCCGGCCGAGUGCUUCUUGCUCAACGUGACCGUGGCUGUGGGACCCGACGUGCCAGCACGGCCGUCGCCCAAGAGCCCAGUGCCCACUGUGCGCAAGUUUGCCAAGGUGGCCCUGGCCACGCCCGGGAGUCCCGAGCGACGCCGGCGCGCGCCUCGGCGCGAGCCCGAAAUGGAAACCCUGAUCCUGACGCCGCCGCCGGGCACCGCGGGUCUGGGCCAGGAAGGCGAGGCGGGCCGGCGCGCGCGAGAGGUGGCCUUCAUCCACAUCCAGCGCGAGCUGCGGCUUCGAGGCGUCUUCCUGCGCCACGAGUACCCGCGCAUCUACGAGCAGCUCUGCGAGUACGUGGAGGCCAACCGGCGAUUCACUCCCACCACCAUCUACCCUACGGACCGCCGCACUGGCCGCCCAUUCAUGUGCAUGAUCAUGGCCGCUUCCGAGCCCCGAGCCCUCGACUGGGUGGCCAGUGCCAACUUGCUCGAUGACAUCAUGUGACACGGCCCCUUCCUCUAUCUUCUCUCUGUCUCUUGUCUCUCUCUGUUUUUCUCUCUUUCACACCACACACAGACGGACACACACACACACAUACACACCCCUCCCUCCCUCCCAGGAGCCGUAAGUUUCGGACGUGUGUCUCCAACCGCCUCGGACGCCCAACUGCCUUUCUAGAUUGGGACUCACAUCCAACGGCCUCUCCAGCCUAGACUCAGCCCCACAGCCCGACCAAUCCCUGGUUUUGACGCUGCCUUCAAUUCGCCCCCCAUGGCUUUAGCCCCGCCUCCGGCCGACUCUCCCCGCCCCCAAUUCCUCUCCUCCUGGAUGUGGCCCCGCCCCAACUUCGUCCACUGGGUGUGGUCCUACCCCCAAACUCGAGUCCAGUUAGUUCCCUGCCCAGACCAACCAUUCUUCUCUUGGUUUUGCCUCCUUUCUGCCCGCUUCUCUUCUUAGUUUUCUCAUCAGUUGACCCUCUUUCUCUCCAUCUUCUGGUUUCUGGGUAGACUGAUGGAAGUGGGUAUGUGGGAAUGUAGAAGGGCCUUAGUUUGGAGCCAUGCGGUGAAACUACACUCUUAUCCAUUGCCUUCCCCAAUCUCUGCUGUCAGCACCACUCCUAACAAAAAGAGAACCCGAGUCCCUUCCCUGCGGUGUGAAGGAUCACAGGCCCAGGGUGAGGAAUUGGUUCCUUAGUACCUCUCUUCCCCCAAUUCCCAUACACUGGUGCUUCUUCAUGCUCACCCAUCAUCCCCCAUCCUGAACUUCUUUAUUGACCAAAGCUACAGUUUAGUCACUUUAAAUACCCUUAUCCUACUCAGGUCAUUCCCAAGUGGGAUUUGGGGAAAAUCCUCCAAAUUGAGAAGACAUAUACUAAGUCCUUGCCUUUUCUCUUCUCUGCUCUCUACCCCAUUCCCUUAGAAAGAUUAGCCCACUUCAGCUGGACUCCAAAACCAGGCUUUUGAUCAUAAAAGAACAGAACUAGGGGUCCGGGUGAGGGAAAGGAUGGUGCUAGGCAAUAAUAGAAGGAAUGGGAAACUUCCAUGUCAGUAGAGGAUAUGGAUGCUCAAGUUCUGUUACUGUAGCUCCCCUCCCUCACAUCUUUCCCAGUUCAUUUUACAGAGAUCCUGAUUUCCUAGAUUUUGAGUGUGUAUGUGUGUGUGUGUGUGUGUGUGGUUGUGGUGUGUGUGUAUUGAGGGGAAGAUAAAGCAGGGCUUAACCUGGCACUUUUCUCUCUUUGGAGAAAAAUGUUGCCAAGUCCGGGGAAAGAUAAAUGUGCCUGUUUUUAUAUUUGUGUACACAUCUGUAAGUAAGAGCCGAUGCCCCAGGAGAAUGAGCAGGUGUUCACAUAUUAGAUGUGUAUGGUUGGAUACACUGUCACCUUCUUUAAUUCAUGAUCUUUGAAAAGAGUUUAGAAAGGAAGAGAGUUGUAUAGAUCUCCAACAUUAUCAUCCAAAUGAUAAGCCAUAUUCCUGUCCCUUAAUACCAGUUCCAUUCCCUAAUCCCAAGAGAGGAUAAUGAAGGGAAGACAUGGUCAUUGAUGGCAAGUUAGACACAGGAAAUGCUACUACCUAAAUGGCUGGAAUAAAGCAAGCAGGACUUUCCUUGAGCUGUAAUGAGACAUGAGGCAGUCCCUCAACUUUUUCCCUACUGUGUACCAAACAUAAUCUUUGGGCAGAGCCCUGUCUUGUGUAUUAAGGGAAGAAGAUAGCAUAGUUCCUACUAUCUUAGGAAGCUCCUCUUCUAAUUAUGGAGUUAGGAUGAGCACAUAAUAUGAAUAUAUUUAUUAGAAUACAUUUAUAUAUACAUAUAUUAGAACCUAUAAUUUCAUCAAUGUGACAGAUCACAUUUAAUAUAAAUCACAACUUUAUACCUUAGUAGUCUUCAAAAGAUGUUAUAAUUGAAAAAAAUUAACCUGAUGUUCAACUUCCUGGUGAUGAGGCCUUCCAAAUUUAGCUAGACUGGUUCUCAGAUGACAGAUGCAUAUAGGCCAAUGCCAGGCCUAAAAUGUACAAUAUGUUAGGACCAGCCAAGACUUGUAUUCUCCUAGCAUAACCUUUUUAAUAUAGGUCAUCUCAAUGUCAUGAUGAGGCAAUGGAGGAUGACUUUAUCGAAGAAUGUACACGUGCAAAGAAAAAUAUAUGUGCAGACACAUUUGACCAACAGAUAUUUAUUAAGCACAUACUUUAUUCAAGGUGCUGUAGAUACAACAAAAAAACAAAAACAGUGCCUGACCUCAAGGAUCUUAUAUUCUGUGAUGGAAGUAGGGGGAGGGGAGACAGGGAUAGCAUGAUCACAAUUAAGAUUAAAAGUAGGCAAAGCAAGAAAGGCUUUAUUUACCAAAGGGAGUAGGAGAAACAUGAGCUGAGCCUUGAAACAAAGCAUUUCCAUAAGCAGAAAUGAGAAGACCUAACUUCAGCAAAACAGAGACUCCAGUUUAAGAGCAUUUGGGAGGAGGAAAAGAGAUUCUCAAAAGAAAUAGAGAUAGAGCAAUAGGUGCAGGAAUUGGAGCAAGGUUAUGAGGGGGGGGGGGGGAAAGAAGCGAGGCUUAAUGAGGAGAGGCUGAAAGUAGUGGGGGUGAAGAGAGGACUUGUACUCCUUGUAGAGACAUUGAUCAGGCAGUACACACUAGUCACUCUCUGUAUUGGAACACUCACUGUGUUGUAAUAAGGUGGAUAAAGUGGGGGAGGGGGGGACAUUUCCUGUUAUGAAUGUGCAUGAGACAAGAAAAUAGAAAAAUCUGUAAAUAAAUGCCAAGGAUAUACUUAAGUGCUAAGAAAAUAUCACAAGAUAGAUGUAGGGUGAGAUUAAUCAAUGCUUUGUGGAGAAAGUGGGAUUUGAGUUGAUUAAGGCCAAAGAAAGGGGUCAUAGACUGAUGAAAAAGAAUAGGAAAGCAUUGCAAAUCAGGAAACGCCAAGAACAAAUACAGAGAUAGAACAGACCAGAGAGUGAGAGAUGGAAAUCAGAGGUGACAUUUUAGUAUUGAGAGCUGAAACAGCAAGCUGCUUUGUUAGAAUAGAAUGGAAAGUUUAUAGCAAGCAAUGAGGUGAGGGAAGAUGGGGACAGAGACCAUUUAAAGUUAUACUGAAAAGUUAUAUAUGGUAGGCAUAUACAAAGACUUUUUCUGUGCCAAGGUCCAUAUGCCUUCAUUUAGAUUUUGUUUUCCCUUGAAUGAUAUGUGCCCAUAGACCAGAUUAAUUCCUCUGUCCCAAAAGAUGCAUUUAGAUUGAUCAUCUCUUCAUUCUGGCCCCUAGAAUUCCCAAGUUUUUCCCACCCAUGUGAUAAUCUCCUUCUUUUAGGCACAUAAGGAACAAUGUGGAAUGAGAAGAACUGUGACAGAGUCUCCUUUCAGGGCAUUUUGCCUGCUCCAAAACAUGAUCUCAGGCUAGCUGCACUCUUCUUGUGUGUCCCCCACAUAUAUCUCUAUAUCUCUGUGGGGAGAAGGGAACAUUUCUUGUCCCAUCCUCAAAUCUGCAUUAACUUCUCCCUGUUCUUCAGAGGGAAAGAUUUCUUUGGGCCUUUAGAUCUCUCCAUCAUGGAGCUGCCUCUAGGAACAGAGUGGGGAGAAAGCUAAAUUAGACACCCGGAUCUCCAAGACUAGGAGUGACUUGGAAUCCUGUAUUUAACUGGGAAGGAUAAUGAAGUGAGGUGUAUUCUGGGGACCUAACUCAGAUCACUUAUCUCUAAUCUGCAAAUUGUCCUUCCCACUCAGUCUCUUCCCUUUAGGCCCUGGUCGGGACCCUCUUCCACGCCCCCACCUUCUCCUACCGCUCUAUCCAGCUAGGAGAGGAGAGAAAAAAUGACCUUUAUUCCCACGUCUGGUGAGGAAGGAAGGGUACCGAAGAGAUUUAUGCGUGUAUAUUCUUCCCAAUCCCGAUUUCUUUUGCACCAUCGCGUGUUUGCACGGCGGCUCGCCGCUCCAUACCCUCCCCGCCACCUUUCCCCAUAAAUUUAAGUUGCACCAAGGAGCCGGGAAAUGGGCUCACUGGCCCCCGCUUCGCCACCCCCUCUGUUUGGCUAGAGCCAACCCUCCGCAUGGGAUCACUACUUCAAGCCCAGGUUAUGCUCCGUGCAUGAAUAUUUCUAAUCAUGCGUGGAAUGCUGCGCUCUGUUCACACCCUGGAACGGGGUUCUGGGUAGCCUGAGAGGGGAGAAUGGUUCCCUGGAAGAGGGAACGAUUAUUUCAGAGGUGGUUGGAGUUCCUUCAGAUAAUCAUAAAGUAGAACUUGAAUGUAACUUGCCUGCAGCGUCUUUUUGCUAGGGCUGGAGAAGAGGGAACUGGAGGGGAAAGAGUACCCUGGACAGCAGUCCUAUCCAUUACUCUCGAAAGAGGUAUGGGCGGGGAGGCUUGAUGGACUGAGGGAAAGGGAAAAGGAAAGGGAAAGAAUAUCAUACGUAGGUGGAGGAUAUCUUAGUAAAAUCUCUAAAGGAAACAGACUCAAAGAAAGUAAGGGAGUAGUGGUGGUAGAAUCUUCAGGUCCCCUGAAACUCACAAUGUUUUCUAUCAAACUCUCUGCCUUAAGUCACCAUGAGACACACCUAUUACCCACCCAUCUACCCAGUCGCCAUUUAUUACACUUCUUCUUUAGAAUACAAAAAUAAUAUCUUAUUUCGUCUUUGUAGCCACAUACUGUUUGUUCCAUUAAACCCAUUCAUCACAUCCACCCACA